GACCUGGUGGGAUGGACCAUAGCCAGUUCAGUAAAACAGACCUAUGACAGUCUUGAAUCUAAUUUAUUUUGAAGAAAUACGCAAUGUCUAAUGGACUGCAGUUGACUGAAAAUUGCUAUUUAACCAUGGGAAAGUAUUUCUUCUCCCUGCUUUAAUGUCAGUACAAGGUGACCUGUCCUAAGCUCUGGCACAUUCUGCAUGGACUGGAAGUCACUGUGAGACAGUGGAAAUGCAGAGGAUCACUACAUUGCAACAAUUGACCAGAAUUAUAAAGCCAUAUCUCUUCUGUUCAACUUUUGCAGUAAUGAAACUGAAGCACUGUUUAGGCCUACACUGCAACAAAAAAAGAACGGGCAGAGACACGAGUUUAGAGAAGACUCUAAACUAAGUGAAAUGUGCAGAGGACAAAACCGCAGGCAACGGAUGAAGAGAACAGUAUUUCCAGAAAGCAGGUUAACUGUCAAAUAUUUCUCAAAAGAAGGACAUUUUAGAGAGUGAAGAUGACAUUUUCCCCCCUACUACAACCGUAUAUGUUACUGCUGCAUCACUAUAGUGAAGUGGUUAGAUGAGACAUCAGCUGAUAAAGUAUAAAAACAUUUUUGGGGGGCAUAAACAAGACUGUAGAAUUGAAUUUAGGAAACGCUGAUGGAACUUUGGACCUUGACCAAAAGCAGUGAAGAGAAGUUGUUGGCUGAUGGGAACAUCUUAUACCAACAUUCUCCCUGGAACUGGAGCUGUUACCCUGACUGGAACCUCCAACCAAUUUCUCUCUAAAGGCCCUCUUAAUCAGGAUUUGAGAUGACAAACGGGUGGCUAGAGCUUUAAGAAUGAUAAUGAUGUUGUCUUCAGUGGGACCAAAAGCUAGCACAAUGACGCAUCCCAUCCCUACACUGACUGUUCUCCCCCCAUCCUCUGACACUGAGUCCUGGUCCCGCUCACCAAGCCCACGACCCCCCAGACGUCAUCACCAGCAACGCCCCCACCGUAUUAGGACCUCCACCAAGUUGAGAAGCAAUAAAGAGAAACAACAGGUGGACUUAUAUGAACAGCAGUUGGUGAAAACACAGGUAGAAGAAGAGGAGCAGGAUGGGGGUCAGAAUAAGAAUGCUAAACAGAGAAGUCCCUUACCUUCCCCUUCUCAAGCCCGGCACAAGGAGAGGGAGGAGUUUGCUAAAGAUGGACCCUCACACGGUCAACUUUUGCCACCAUCUCGCUCGUCUUGGUCGCGUAGCUCAUCGACCAGCCAGCACUCCCGCUGGUCCCUCCGGAGUCUGCUGAGUAGGGACUCUGACGGGGACAGUUGCAGUAAUGGCAGUUUAAAACAGUCAGACAAGAUGACCAUUAGUACAGCCAGUAACUCUCCUCGCAGCACCCCCGGCAGCUCCCCCUCUCUGCGACGGAGAGUCUUGGGUGGUGGCAAAACCAACGAAGCAGGUGAAGGUGGGGGGGAGCGCAGUGGUGGGGGAGGAGGAGGAAGUGGGGGGUUGGACAGUCCACAGACCCCUGCUCCUUCUGCCUCCUCCCUUACUUCUGCCUACCCCCUUGCAUCUCGCCACUUUAGCCGCAAUGCUAAGAAAAUGCAGAGCUGGUACAAUGUUCUCAGUCCCACUUACAAACAACGGAACGAGGAUUUCCGUAAGCUCUUCAAGAAACUUCCAGAGACUGAGAGACUCAUAGUGGACUACUCGUGUGCACUGCAGAAGGACAUCUUGCUCCAGGGCCGUCUUUACCUGUCUGAAAACUGGCUCUGCUUCUACAGCAAUAUCUUUCGCUGGGAGACCACUAUCACCAUCCUGCUGAAGGACGUGACGACCCUGACCAAGGAGAAAACUGCCAAGCUCAUCCCCAAUGCCAUCCAGAUCAGCACUGAUCACGAUAAACACUUCUUCACUUCUUUCGGGGCGAGGGAUCGCAGCUACAUGAUGAUUUUCAGGCUGUGGCAGAAUGCACUAAUGGACAAGCCCCUUUCGCCAAAGGAGCUGUGGCAUAUAGUUCACCAGUGUUAUGGAACAGAGCUGGGCCUCACAAGUGAAGAUGAUGACUAUGUCGCACCCACCACUGAACACAUGAACGGCCUAUUGCCAGGAGAUGAGUCUGUCUCAGACCUUUUGGAUCUUGGCUCUGUAGCUAUGCCCUCCCUGGGUAGCUCUCCCCCCUCCCUGGUGCCCUGUGAGGCUGCCAUCCCGCUUUUGGCCAGUGCUGGGGGCUCCUUCCCCCCUAGUAUGGUCUCUCCCUGUCUGCCUUUGGAGCUCCCCCUCUUGGCAGGGCGCCAGUUGAGCGCAGACCCCCUGGAGCCAUAUCCCCCCAGUUCUCAAAGCUCGCUUCCCCCCACCCACACAAGCUCUGCCCCCACCUCUACCACCACCUCUUUUAAUGUGGAGGAGGGUGGGGACAGCUUGUCCGAGUCGACCAAUCACAUGUUGCCCCCUUCAGCCACCAGUCUGGGAAACCUCUCGUCAUUGGACAUCACUAAUGACGAGGAACUUCCCACUGACCCUAGCAACUCUUCUGACACACAGGAAGAAAGUGAGGUGGAGUCGUUCUGUGCUGACCUGAGCGGGCGGCUGCACAUCAACAGGGCAGUGCACAUCAGUGUAGACAAGCUCCACGACCUGCUCUUCUCCGCCGAUACACACUUCAUCCAGCACCUUUUUUCCCAGCGCCAUUUCACAGACCUGUCAGUGGGGGAGUGGCAGCAGGACAUCAGCAGUGGGAACACCAGGCGGGUGCUUAGCUACACCAUCGCCAUCAACAACCCACUAGGACCGAAGACCGCCCCUGUGGUUGAGACCCAGACAUUGUAUAAGAGCAGUGCACGUGGAGAGUGCUUUGUAGUUGACUCUGAGGUCAUCACCUCAGGUAUUCCCUACCAGGACUACUUCUACACUGUCCACAGAUACUGCCUCACCUCAGUCAACAAGCACAAAAGCCGUCUCAGGGUGUCUUCAGAUAUCUGCUACAGGAAGCAGCCGUGGAGCCUAGUCAAGGCCCUGAUAGAGAAGAACACCUGGAGUGGCAUCGAGGAGUAUUACAGACACAUGGAGAGUGAGGUGUUGAAGCUGGAAACCCUCCUUCAGUCGGAAGUGACUGUCGUAACCACUGGUGAGGCGGUGGGGGCUGACGCAGCCAAGACCCCCCCGGCACUGCGCCGGCGCAAACGCACCUGCUCCAGAAGGCAGGUUGAACGAGAGAGGGAAGGAGUGAAUCUUGGAGGGAUUGGAGAGGAGAGGGACAGGAGAGAAGCUGGUGGACAGUAUCUGAGGCUAGGAGAAAUGUCACACGGAGGUGGAAACAGCGGCGUCUCCACCAUUCUGCUCAUCGUCAGCUUCAUUCUGGUGGUGUUAGUGGCUCUGAACAUGCUGUUAUUUUACAAGCUGUAUGCCCUGGAGAGGGCUGCCCACACACUGGAGACAUGGCAUUCAUACUCCCUGAGUGAUAGCCCACUGCCCCAGUCUGCAGGAGAAUGGGCCCAGGUGCUGCAGCUACAGAGACAGUUCCACCAGGCGCAGCUCAGCAAAUGGCAACAGAUACUCCAGUCCUCAGUCACCUUGCUAGACCAGAUGAAGCAGUCAUUGGAAAAGCUCCAUCAAGGCAUCGUCACUCCAGAGGUUCAGCAGGACGUCUCCUCAGAUGCUCCCACAGACUCUUUCACCGAGCAUUGAGCCUGCCUCAGCCACCCUCUCCCCUGUACCCAGAAAAGAGUCCAGUUAGUCAUAGUAUAGAGAAGAAAACUAUGGGGGGGGAGAUGUGGCAUGAGGGAGAGAGUCAGUCAAUCAUAGACACCGUCUCACACUUUUUGGCUCUGCCCUACAUUCCCUCCUUUGAACUAAAACAGAACUUGACUGAGUAUAUAGAAGGGGAGGUCAUGUAUGAACUACCUGGGUUUGGCCUGAAAGACUUGUAAAGGUAUAACACAUUUUUCCACAACCUUCAGGACUAUAGCAAUAACACGCAGUGAAUGGAGAGCCAACCACGUGUACUGUCUGUCCUGGGCUACAGGAGGGAGAGUUUCCACUGUCCUCGGUCCUUGAACUCCUCACACCAUACCAAUCUUCAGUUUACGAACCAGCUUCCCAUUGAGUUGAACUGCAUUCAAAGCCAACUGACUCAACUUGAAACUAACUUAAUUUCAACAUGGAUAUUUUCUCAGUCUCAGUCCAUUUCAUUGUGACCCAGAGCAGGAUGAACAAAAACAUAUUUUUUUGUAUCUGGGUGGAUAGCAUUUACUUGGCAGUGGAGGACAUACUAGUCCUGGUAGUAGUAGGUUUCCUGGCCUCAAGUUAAAGCCGUUGGCUGGGGAGUAGGUUCUCGUUUGGUGAUUCCCCCCAUGCCUCCAAAGACCAGGAGGAUUAUAUCUUGUUACCAGCACUGACAUGAGACAGAUCCUUUCAAUCUUGUUUUCCUCAUCCCUCUUUCUCAUUCUCUUGAUUUUUCUUUUUUGUUUCAAUGGGGAUUUUUCUCAACAUAAACUCCAAGACCACAGGAACACUCAUCUUACACUCCCUCUGCAAUUUUAAUGUCUAUUGUGUGAUUGGAUUGUUUGGAAAGUGAGAGAGCAAGUGCAGCAUAGGACUGCAUUAUUUAUUACUUUUGUUUUCAGAAAGUCACGUCCUGCUUGCAAUAAUAAUAAUUAAGGUUGUAUUUUUUUUUUUUUUUGUGCUCUGUUACUGUUCAGCACGGACCAAGAAAGAGCAAAAUGAUUGUCUAAAUGAUGGCGAUCAGAGCAAUAAUGACAGAACAGUGAUUCUAGCACUCUUUGAAUGUUAAGUAAUAUGUAGAGUAGUAGUAAUUGUAGGGGGUGCAUGCGUGUAUGUGUCUAUCUUGUAGCAAUAGAGUCCUCAGUCAAAUAUUACAUUUGGUAUUAUUUUU